CCCCAGCAGCUGAGCGAGCGGGUGCGGAAGCGGCUCUACUACGGCUGGGACAAGGAGUGCAGCCUGGACAACCUCUCUAGCCCCGUGGCAGAUAUUGCUGUGGAAUUGCUCCAGAAAGUGGCUCCCAGCCCCAUCCGCAGACUCCAGAAGAAAUAUGUGGCUCAUGUUUCUCGGGAAGCCUGCAUCUCGCCCUGCUCCAUGAUGCUGGCACUGGUUUAUAUUGAGCGACUCCGACAUCGAAACCCCGAAUACCUCCAGCAGAUCUCGUCUUCAGACCUCUUCCUGAUCUCCAUGAUGGUUGCCAGUAAGUACCUGUAUGAUGAGGGCGAGGAAGAGGAGGUGUUCAACGACGAGUGGGGAGCAGCAGGGAAGGUAGAUGUCCAGACAGUGAACACGCUGGAGAUGAACUUUCUGAGCGCCGUUGACUGGAGUCUUUACACAGACCCCCGGGAGCUGUUUGAAGUGUUGAGCUGGCUGGAAGGACGUGUGGCGGAGAAGCAGGGCACGUGGCGUGGCUGGUUCACCUACACGGAUCUUUGUGUCCUCCUGGAGCAGUCCAUGUGGCAGCAAGCGCUGGGCCAGUUCUACCAACAGGUGGUGAAGCUGGCCUGGCUGCUUGGCAUCGUGUACCUGACCGGCUUCAAAAAAAAACAGCUGGAUGCCCCGCUGCCCCCGGGCCCUGCUCCGAGCCAGCCUGAGCUGCCUGCUGUCCCCCCGGGAAGCAGCGCCCGCUGCGUGGGGAAGAACGAGACAGCUGAUGAGCAGCAUCGUGGGGGCAUCACAGCGAGCGCGCUCUACCUGUGGGGCAGUGUGAUGACGGCUCUGUCCUACGCCGAAGCACCCGGUCCUGCCCCACACAGGAGUCCCCUGCAAGGUCCCAUCCGGAGAGUGCCCAGUUCGUGUGAGAGAUCCAACCGUACAGUCGCUGCCAUGAUCCCUAGCCAGCCUGGCCCCUCUGGACUCGCUGUGCUGCCAGCUCCCCCGCUGCUGCACUGCCGUGCCUGCUCUGCCGGCGCAGAGCUCGCCUGGGAUGCGGCUGCCACGCGCAAGGACUGGCUGGACCCCCUGGGGCUGAGGCAGUGCUCCCUGCACAUGGCUCUGGAUCUCAGCAGAAUCAAGAGCUUCAUUUUUCCCAGCUAGGAGCAUGGGGUAGCCCCUUCCCCUCCCCUUCCAGUGUGGCACAACUCACUUCCUUGCACUUCUGGGACCCUUGAUCCCUGGGGCUGCACAGGGCUGGGGGCCCCUGUGUUACUUCCAAACCAGCAUUUGUGUGUUGUCGUCGUCUCUACGCCUGCUCCGGGGCAGAGGUUUCUUACACUUGGGGUGCUGCAGAGCACUGGGGUU